GGCCCACACAGUUAACAGCACAGCCCUGCGCCCUGCCUCCGGCGAUUGGCUCCGCGCACAGCCCAGCCGCUAUUUCUCCUCGCCGCCACUGCUGCUGGGCUUGGAGGCAGCAGGAGGCUGUGGGUGAGGGAGGGCUUGUCCGAGCCCUUCGCAGAGGGUGCUCGCACCCUGCGCCCAGCCCGGCCAUGGGGGGCUGGCCCCACGGCGCCUGGGUUUUGCCCUUGGUCUUGGCUGGGCUCGUCCAGCCAGGUUUGAGCCAGGAGAGGGAGAAGGUGAAGUGCUACAGCUCAGUGCAGGGCACCGUCUAUGACUAUGGGGCCCUCACCAUCGACGGCGAGGAGUACGUCCCCUUCAAGAAGUAUGCGGGCAAGAUGGUGCUCUUUGUCAACGUGGCCACGUACUGAGGGCUCACCCUGCAGUACCUCGAACUGAAUGCACUACAAAAUGAACUGGGGCCGUACGGGCUCGUUGUCCUGGGCUUCCCCUCCAACCAGUUCGGAAAGCAAGAACCUGGCCAGAACUCGGAGAUCCUCCCCGCACUGAAAUACGUCCGGCCUGGGGGUGGCUUUGUCCCAAAUUUCCAGCUCUUCCAGAAAGGGGACGUGAACGGUGCCAAGGAGCAGAAGGUCUACACGUUCCUCAAGAACGCCUGUCCACCAGUGGCGGAGGAGUUUGGGAACCCCAAGAACCUCUUCUGGGAGCCCCUGAGGAACCAUGACAUCAAGUGGAACUUUGAGAAGUUCCUGGUGGGCCCUGACGGGGUGCCCGUGAUGCGCUGGUACCACCGGACCAACAUUGCUGUCGUGAAGAAUGACAUCAUUGACUACAUGAGGCAGCAGCAGGCCCAGUAGAGGAGGUGGCUGCCGGCGCGUGGUGGGGUUAGGCUGCUCCCCUCCCACCCGCACCCACUGAGAAUUGGCUCCCGAUCGGCUGCUACAAGGGCUGCUCCCUCCAUCCAACGUGGUGAAAGCCAACACUUGGCUCCAUUUCAGACCAGUUUCAUAGUGAAACCACAUGGAAGCAUCCCAUUGCAGCAAGCCGAACGCUGGUACCUAUCCACUGCCCCAGCGCCACCCCACUCUCUGGCUGAGGUUGGAUGCUCACACUGCGGUGGGUUACAGGGUGGCAGAGACCCCAGCAAGGGGAGAGAAAUGUUUCCUGAUAACGCCAUGUUCAUCUCCACCCGCAAUGGCAGCAUCUCCUCCAGGCCAAAAGCUUGCCCCACAAAAUCCUGCCUCUGUGCCCCCCAGCUCCCUGGGACAGGCACUCCCUCGCUGUCCCAGCUUCGUGCACACCUCUCCUGGCGCGCACGUCAGCAUGGGGGCCGGCUGCCUCAGGCGCAGAAGACCACAUCUCCAUGAAGGCCAGGUCUGAAAGCCCCUGCCAUGGGGUGGACCUGGCCUGAGCCUGCCCCGGCAUGGAGCAGCUCUUCUAGUGCAUUCAAGCUGCCCCGUGGUCCCCGGCGCAGAGACAUGCUCCUCUCCUCUCCUGGAGGCAGCCAGCCCCCUCCUGCCCCUGAAGCAUUGACCUGCCACUGUAGAAACACCAAAUAAAGGCUCUGCAAAUGUGCA